UAACAUAAGUUAUCAAUUAUAUGUUCUCAGAUUUUUUUAUUUUUUAUAAACUUACAAUAAUAAUAUUAUUAUAUAUUGUUGGUUCCUAUAAGACUAUUUUUUAUGCAUAUGCUAUGCAUAUUGUACUAUAAUCAUAUUAGCUUAGUUUACCACUAAUGAAAUCUGUACUUGUUCAAAUAAAUAUUUUAAUUUCAUACAAAAAUGAAUAUAGAAAGUGCAGCUGUAAAUAUUUUGAAGCGUGGUGUAGAGCUUGAUACCAAGCAACGUUAUACAGAAGCACUCGUUUGUUAUCAAGAGGGCCUUCAAAUAUUAGUGGACAAAAUCAAAGGUGAAAUAGAUGAAAACUCAAGGAAUUAUUUAAGAAAAAAGGUAGAAGAAUAUAUGAACAGAGCAGAAGCCAUAAAGAAGUUAGUGUUAAAACAAAAAGAACAGGGACAGUUCCAUGAACAGGUUCACAUUGAAAAUGACUCCACCGGCCAUAGUUAUAAGGCCUUAUUCGGAAGAUUCUUGGAUGAAGAAGUACAGUAUGUUAUUGUAGAAGAUCCUUACAUAAGAAGCUUUCAUCAGUGUCAAAAUUUCUUAAGGCUAUGUGAGUUAUUGGUAAAGUCAUGUAGAAACCUCACACACAUAGAGCUACUUACUACAAAAGACAAUAAAACAGAAAGAGACCAAAGAGAAUGGUUGUCAUAUUUGCGCAGUGAUUUAUUAAAAUAUAAAGUACAACUAGUUGUAAAAUAUUCUGAAACACUUCAUGAUAGACAAAUAAUACUUAGCUCCGGAUGGGUGAUUAAAAUUGGUCGUGGUUUAGACUUCUUUAAAGCAACAGACAACAAAUUUUGUCUGGGCAUGCAUGAUUUGGAUCUGAGGCAGUGUCACGAAACAACAGUUGAUAUUGUGCACUCUAAGAAUAUAAAACAAUCUUACGGGUGACAAUUCAGGUUUAAAAUUAGUAUAUACUAUGAUAUAUUAUGAUCUAAAUGUGUUUGCACUAUUGUUUUCUUGAUAAUCUAUUUGUCAAAGAAAUGUUUAAAUUAUGAUUUUUGUUUCAAGUUUUCCUUUCAACACUUUUGCUAUCAAACAUUGUCUGUCUGUCUCUCAUGGUUUUAAAAUAAAAAGGAAUUGCCAAAUGUGUUGCUAAGCAUAUAACUUAAAAAUGACACAUCAAAUUUGCCAAAUUUUUUUUGAAUGUUUUUGUUAAGGCACAAGA